AUGGGGCGACUGUUCCAAUUUCCUGUGUGUGAGGGGGGGCGACUGUCCGAACUUCCGGGUGCAAACCCAAAUUUCCGGCCGCGGGGUCCAGGCUUCUGGAAUCCUGCAGACUACCUGUACUUCCUGGUGGAAAUCUGGAACACCUGUUAUUUCUGGGUGCCGACAAGGAGACUCUGCACUUCCGGGAGGAAAUUGGGAACUUCUGGUGUUUCCGGGUCAAACCCGGAAACUUCUGGAACUUUCAGGUGGAAACGUAGAAACUUCCUGUACUUCCGGGUAGAAACAGGAAGGCUUUCUGUACUUCCGGGUGGGAACCCAGGAUCUUCUGGCCCCCAAACCCUGUUGACAGGAAAUGGCUCGUGUUCCCGGAAACACCAAAAAGAAAACUUAGGAAAAUGAAAUCGACGUUGCCCCAGCAACCGGACCGCGUGGCCAUCGUGACGGGUGGGACUGACGGCAUCGGCCUCUGCACGGCUUGGCACCUGGCGCGGCUUGGCCUGCACGUCAUCAUAGCUGGAAAUAAGGAGGGAAAAGCUCAGGACGUCGUUCAGAGAAUCCGAGAAGAGACGCACAACGACAAAGUGGAAUUCCUGCACUGUGACCUGGCGUCCGUCCGCUCCAUCUGGCGCUUCGUCCACAACUUCAAGGCAAAGAGACUCCCUCUCCACGUCCUGGUGAAUAACGCCGGCGUCAUGAUGGUCCCUCAGCGGAAGACCGAGGACGGAUUCGAGGAGCACUUCGGCUUGAACUACCUGGGACACUUCCUGCUGACCAACCUGCUGCUCAGCACACUGAAAGAGUCAGGGUCCCCCGACCACAGAGCGAGGGUCGUCACGGUGUCUUCCGCCACGCAUUAUGUGGGCGAGCUCCACAUGGAUGACCUUCAGGGCAGCCGAGGCUACUCCCCGCACGGCGCCUACGCGCAGAGCAAGCUGGCCCUGGUGCUGUUCACCUACCGUCUGCAGCGGCUCCUGCAGGCGCGCGGCGACCCCGUGACGGCCAACGCGGUGGACCCCGGCGUGGUGGACACCGACCUGUACCGCCACGUCUGCUGGGGGACGCGCCUGCUCAAGAGGCUCCUCGGCUGGCUGCUCUUCAAGACCCCCGAGGAGGGCGCCUGGACGUCCGUCGUGGCGGCCGUCAGCCCCGAGCUGGAAGGACGCGGUGGCCAUUACCUGUACAACGGGCGCGAGACCCCCUCCCGUGACGUCACCUAUGACCGGAAGCUGCAGCAGAACCUGUGGGCCCGGAGCUGCGAGCUGGUGGGCAUCCCCGACGUCACGCAGGAUGCCUCGUCGGCCGAGCUCGAGAUCCCACGACGGCACCUGUGACCGGAAAGCUGCCAGAUGACGGGCAUCGCUGACGUCACCCGCGAGGCCCUGUUGGCCCAGCUCGAGCCUACGGUUUCGCCUCUGUAACUUUCAGCAAUAUGACCGCGUGCCCCCUCCGCAAUGCCAUCUGUGCCCUUCAGCCUGGGCUUCGUUGUCCUGACAUUUGAAGGACUAAGCAUAAAGAUCAGCACCCUCUGGGUCCCCAAAGUGCUAAACUGACUGAUAAAUACCUUGAACAAUUAAAUGUUCCCACGUCUGAGUGCCA